AUGAGCAUUAAACAGGAAGCCGACGCACACAGCAACUCGAUGGCCGACAACAUGUCAUCGGCCGCUUCCGCCUCGGGCCAGCAGGGCAUGAUGGACCCCAUCGACUCGCUCCUUGACCUGUCCGAGUACGACAACGCCAACCAGUUCAACUCGCCCGCCCUGUCGACGGCAACGUCCAAGAACUCUUUUGCUCGCACCACCGCGGCCUCGACGCCGUCUUCGAUGCUGUCUACCAGCCAACAGAUGACCGGCCCGAGCCAUCAGUAUGACCAGUACAAGCAGCAGACCGGCUUCGUCCCGGGAGCCCUGGCCAACACGUUUGCCGUGACACAGAACAGCAACCCUCAGAUGGUUGGUUACAACAACGGCUUCGACAUGAACUUUAUCAACAUGAACAGCGCCGACGACAUGUUCGACUUCAACACUGCGCCCAACGGUGCCUCCGUCAGCCCCUCGGACAUUGACCUCGAGUUCGAGUCGCCCACCGCCGAUCCGUCCUUUUUCUUCGCUGAGCAGCAGAUUCCCUCCGCUCCGGCCUCUGUCAUCGUCCAGACCCAGGAGAUGCAGUCGCCCCCUGUCGUCGCUGCCAACGGCGGUGGCUCGCAGGCUGGCAGCGUCGGCCGUCUGUGGCCUGGCAUGCACCAGCAGGCCGCCAUGGCCAAGGCCCAGGCCCAGCAGCGCCAGCAGCAGCAGGUCAUCCAGCAGCAGCAGCAGCGCCAGCGCCAGAGCGUGUCGAGCCAGGGCCAGAUGAAGCCCGAGCAGCAGCCGAUGCCGCAACCUCAGUCCCAGCGGGCCAAGGCUGGCCAGCCGUCGGACCCCAUUGUUGAGCAGAAGAUCACCCAGCUGCUGAGCUCUAUGCGCGCUAAGCCGUCUUCGCCCAACGGGUCGAUGGGCGGCAUGGGCAACAUCUCCCGUCUCAAGAAGGAUGAGGAGGACAUGGAUGAGGACGAGCGCCUGCUCGCGAGUGAGGAGGGAAAGAAGCUGAGUAGCAAGGAGCGCCGCCAGCUCCGCAACAAGGUGUCGGCGCGCGCAUUCCGGUCCCGCAGAAAGGAAUAUAUCUCGCAGCUUGAGGCGGAGAUUGCUGGCAAGGUCACCGAGAACGGCGACCUCCGUGCCCAGAACCGUCUGCUCGCCGAGGAGAACAAGCGCCUGUCGGAUCUGACCCGCAUGCUGCUUGGCUCGCCGUCGUUCUCAGACUUCCUGGACCGCCUCAGCGCCAACCCCGCCCUUGUCCCGCAGAACCAGGCCCAGGCUCAGUCCCAGGCUGUCCAGGCCCAGGUUUCCUCCCAGGUUUCCACGCAGGUUGCGUCCCAGGACCAGGAGCGCCAGCCCCCCAAAGAUGCCAACCCGUAUGCGGCGCAGCAGCAGAUCGGUAUGGCCAUGAUCCCGGAGCAGAACAUUGACUUCUCGAUGCUGCACAUGGAUGCCGAGCCCGCCUUUGCCUUCCAGCCCCAGGUGUACGCCGUCCUCGAGACGCCCGACGUCACCAUCCCCUCGAUCGACACGUCGGUCCUAACGGGCAAGCUGUCCAACUUUGUCGGCUGCGAGGACGAGGAAGAGAAGGUGGAGAUGCCCAUCAUUGCGCACCCCGUCACCGACAAGGUCGCCGAGCUCGUCCCAUCCGUUGCUCCUGCGGCCGCGGAUGCCGCGUUCGACAACGACCCGGCCUUUGCGCUGUACCACGACGCUGCCGUUUCGACUGCCUCGACCGCUUUUGGCCCCGCCGACGCGCCCGCUGCGGCUAGCAAGCCCCUUUCGCUCAACACCGAGGUGAUGUCGGAUGUUGACAGCAUCUUUGGCGGUGUCGAGACGGAGAAGGCUCUGUCCCGUUACGAGCUCGUCGGUGCCGCGUCCGAGGAGGAGGAGGAGGCGGAGAUCAUGACCGAAGCCGAGGAGUCCCUGGCCCUGGCCCGGAUAGCACGGAUCGCCCGCAGCAUCCAAACGACCGCAUCAAGGCUUGACAGGCUGAACGCCGAGUAA